GGUAAUCAUUCUUCUUGUUCUUCUUCCCUCAGAUUUCGUCAUUUUUUUGUAUCUUGAAUCAAUUGUAUUUUGACCUACACCCGUUGGCAAUGAAGCUCCCUGUGCGGUACUUGAUUGUUAUUUUGACCUUCAUCUGCACCUCAGUUUGCUACAUCGAACGAGUAGGGUUUUCCAUCGGUUACACCGUUGCUGCUGACGGUGCUGGGGUGAAUCAAUCGAGCAAAGGUACAAUACUGUCCACCUUCUAUUACGGAUACGCCUGUUCUCAAGUUCCCGGAGGAUGGGCUGCUCAGAGAAUCGGGGGGAGGAGGGUCCUGCUUCUUUCGUUUCUUUUGUGGUCAUUGACUUGUGCACUUCUUCCUCUCGAUCCCAAUCGCGUUAUUCUUUUAGUCGUUGCUCGUUUGCUCGUUGGUGUAGCACAGGGUUUUAUUUUCCCUUCCAUUCACACAGUUCUAGCACAGUGGGUUCCCCCUCACGAGAGAUCUAGAUCCGUCUCUCUCACCACUUCUGGGAUGUAUCUGGGUGCAGCUCUAGGAAUGCUUCUUCUUCCUACUCUGGUCAAGUUCAGAGGCCCUCAAUCUGUGUUCCUUGCGGAGGCGGCAUUGGGUGCUUCAUGGUCUUUACUCUGGUUCAAAUACGCCAUUGAUCCCAAAUCCACUGCUUCUGGUGUUGGGGAAUUAGUCUUACCCAUCAAUAAAAAAAUGGACUCUCACAACAAAAAAAUACUUUCAGCCAAAAUCCCCUGGGUCAAAAUUUUAACCAGCUUCCCUGUUUGGGCGAUCGUUGUCAAUAACUUCACCUUUCACUAUGCUUUAUAUGUGCUCAUGAACUGGCUCCCAACCUACUUUGAAUUGGGCCUUAAGCUUAGCCUGCAAGACAUGGGUUCCUCUAAAAUGUUGCCCUAUCUCAACAUGUUCCUGUUCUCCAACAUUGGCGGUGUUGUUGCCGACUACUUGAUCACCAGGAGAAUAUUAUCUGUCACCAAAACCAGGAAAUUCUUGAACACCGUAGGGUUCUUGGUUGCUUCUCUUGCCUUGGUGGUGAUUCCCAGUUUCAGAACUUCUGGUGGUGCUGUCUUCUGUUCUUCUGUGGCUCUUGGUUUCUUGGCACUUGGCAGAGCUGGGUUUGCAGUGAACCACAUGGAUGUUGCUCCGAGAUACGCUGGAAUAGUGAUGGGUGUUUCUAAUACUGCGGGUACUUUGGCUGGCAUUGUGGGCGUUGACCUAACUGGGAAGCUUCUUGAAGCUGCUAAGGCUGCUAAUUCUGAUCUUUCAAGUCCAGAAAGCUGGAGAACAGUGUUUUUCAUUCCUGGAUUUUUAUGCAUUUUUAGUUCUUUUGUAUUUCUACUAUUUUCAACAGGGGAGAGAAUUUUUGAUUGAAGUAGCCUUGUCAAUUUCAUGGCUUAAGAGGUGUUGUUAUUCUGGGGAUUUAAUUUUAUUACAUCUCCAAGUUAUAUCAUUCUUGGAUAGAAGAGGUCAUGUUGUUGUAACCGGAUAUGAUUUUUUCUGUUAUUAUUAGUUCUCCAGCUUGUACCA